AGUGAUCCUGCUGAGCUAUACUUUAUGCAUGUGUCUGUACGCUCGCAGGUUUGUUUCAGGGAUCAGACAUACGGUCCGGCCCGGUUCAUUUGUGAGCAUAGUUGAGAAGUUACGGGUUUCAACCGUAGAGACUACUUAUACUUAGCAGCCGUGAACACAGGUGUGAGAUCGUACUGAUUUCCCACCUUCGAUACAUCGUCUAACACAAUGUCCGUCCCUCGUUUCGAGCUGAACAACGGCGUCGAGAUCCCAGCUAUUGGCUUGGGAUGCUGGGCUGGCAUGACAAAGGAAGAACGCGCCGCAGGAUGGAGCUGGUUCUUGUCCGCGAUUCAGAAUGGUUACAGGCACUUCGAUACAGCAUAUCUCUACGGAACUGAGGCUUCCCUUACCAAAGCUAUAAAGGAGUCUGGCAUCUCGCGCAAGGAGCUUUUCAUCACAACGAAGUUGCCAUGGGGCCACAUGGGUCGUGUUCAGGCAUCAAUCGACGAGAGUCUGAAGAAUCUUGAGACCGACUAUGUUGAUCUUUAUUUAAUACAUUGGCCAUUUGCUGCGAAAUACGAAGAGGGCAACCCCUGGCCCACAACCGCUAAUGGGGACCUGGUUGCCGAUGACUCGGUUACAUUCAAUGAGACGUGGGCAGAAAUGGAGAAAGUCCUCGCCAGUGGCAAGGCCCGAGCUAUUGGCGUUAGCAACUUCUCGAUCAAGAAUCUCAAAAGACUCCUUACUAUAGCCAAGGUGGUUCCUGCUGUCAAUCAGGUCGAGCUACACCCCUACCUUGCACAGCCUGAGCUGAAGGCAUUCGCUGACUCAAAGGGGAUCCUCCUGACCGCCUAUACACCCACCGGUUACGCAACUGUUCGCUCAGACCCAACUAUCACCGGGCUCGCGGGAAAGUAUGCAGUGACUCCAGCUCAAAUCAUUCUGGCGUGGCACCUUUCUCGAGGUGUCGCUGCUGUUCCCAAAAGUACAAACAAGGAACACCAGAGAGAGAAUUUGGAGCCUUCUAUGCUUUCUGCUGAAGAUAUUCAGAAGAUCAAUGCACUUGAUAGGAACGAGCGAUUGUGCAACAAGGCGAACGAGAGGGGCGUCGUUUACGGUUGGACAUACGAACAGCUCGGGUGGUGAACUAUGAAUGCAUUAAUGUGUGAUUUCACUGAAUGCAGAAGUUCUUUUUGCCAUUAUGCAAUUAUCGUACCGGCCCCGCCGGCUUCGAAUAUCUCUACAUAUCCUGUAUAAAAAUGUCCGCCUUAUCUGCAUUCAGCGUCCAUCCCAGAAAUGAUCCGAACAUGGAUCAUACAUCUCGACGUCUUCGAUUGUUUGAUCAGUCCAAUUUGAAUACUGACGUUGACCGUGUUGUGAUCUUCGUGACAGGGAAGUGGGGAGACUUCUGACGAAGAAUGCGACUGUUUCCAAUGUUGGACAAUACGCGCCCAAAGCCUGAGCUACGGUGUACGAAUCCCCAAACUGCGCGAUAUCCAGGUCAGCAUAGUGGUCAUUCCAUUCAUCCAACGUUGGGAAUCCAUUCUCGAAGAAAUGAAGAAAAUAUGUAGUGGGGUCGUUUUCGUAUUUAUGGCUGAAAUUCCAACCAAGGUGCUUCAGUCGACUGAAGUUCCUGAGGUGUAGAGCGUAUACCCAUGAUGGAUA